AUGCGUUGGCCCAGAUUUUGGACGGUGCUGCUCAUCAUUUCGGCAAUCGUGGGCGUCAGCGUGUACAACGUGAGCGCGUCCGAUGCGUCGGUGAAGGUUCACACUCGCGAGUCCUUGCUCGACCUCACCAAGACUUACGCAGGUGAGAUGGCGCGCCAGGUACGUACCUCUGCCAGCUCAGUACAGGCUCUAGAAGCCAUCAUACGGAUAGAUGAAAUGGGCAUCUCCGCACAAAACUUUGACAGCUUGGCAGACACCCUCAUCCACACCUACCAGGGCAUUUCGAACCUGCAGCUCGCUCCGUCUGGACAGAUCGAGCGCAUCUAUCCCCUGAAGGAUGACUCGCAGGAGCACCUCAUGGAUAAAACGGAUAUGGUCGGCACAUAG